UUCGCACCAGCGGACGUACCAUAAAAUCGAAGCGAGCCGAAGAAACCGCCAAACACUCAAUAAUGCCGCAUUCCAAGCUGCUCUUGUUGACUGUGGUUGGACUUCUCCACCUCCUGUCUUUCGGAACCACCACUGCGGAUCAGCUGAAAAACAACACGAUUGUGGUGCAAACUCCCCUUCAAAAUUACGAUCAACCCACUCUAAGGGACUACGAGGAGUGUCAGACAAACAGGGAUAAUUGCAUAAAUGUUUGCGAUGGUCUUUCAACCUGCGAGGAUGAGUGCCCCGUUUGCCCGGAGUUGUACGACAAACCCCUGAUGGUUCAGGGCAUCAACGAUACGAAUAUAGUGGCACCGCCACAACUGCCCAUUAAUACUACGAAUAUCAUUCGCCUGACCAACGAGAUCAACAACAUUAUCGAACACCAAAUUCAGAAUCGCAACGAAGUGAAUGUUCAGGUGCAACAGAAUGUGUCUCAAGUGGGAGGACGCUUUGGAUUGGGCUACAGCGACCAGGGAUCCUGUUGCUAUGUGGUCCGAUUGGAUCGGGAAUGCGAGCAGGAGGCUGGAAAAGAUUGCCGGGAGAAGAGCCGCCAACGGGUUUGCGGUGAAAGGUGCCAGGCCCGCGUGAUGUUGGCCAAACGAGUGGUGCAAUGCGAAGCCGAAGAUUCCGACAUUUGCCACGAAACCAUCGAAUACGUUCCAAGGAGGAGGAAAUCCCACUCGAGAAGGAACAAACAGCAGGCGCCUUGUCAGUAUUUCGGCAACAGUUGGCCCUACUUCACAUGCGGUCAAAUUCCUGGUCAGAAUCUGAACGUGGUGGAACCUCCGAGGGUUAAGCGAUCCACUUGCCAACAGUGUCUGAAUAUGCCAUAUGGAUCCAUCCUGCAGAAUGGACUGCCUCCCCAGUGUGCAGGUUGCUUUCAAGGGUUCGGGGCUCCCAUGAUGCCCAUGUACAAUGCUCCCUUUAUUUAUAAUCCCUAUAUGCCAUAUCCACCCUUUGGCAACUUUCCAGGAAACUAUAACAACGGAAAUUCCGGAAAUAACAAUGCAAUUAAUAGUGAAAAGAAUAAUGGCAACAGCAAUGCAGGGGAUAUAGUAUCAGGAUCAGGAGACGGUGAAUGGAUCUUGUGCGACGAUGAUAACAUCGAGAACUGCCUCAACAAAAGUGACUUACAGCAGGGACCUCCCGCUCAUCAGGAACUGCCACAGGAUAACAAUAAAUAUCCUUACGAUGAUGAUUACAACGUUGAAGUUCAGCGAAGGCGAAGACGACAAAAUUCAAGACAAUUUGUGCGAUCUGCUUACAGCAAACGCAACCGAGAAAAUAUCUGAUCUAAGCCAGAUUUAACUAUAAAACCUUGAGAUUUUCUGCGAAAGUUUUUUGUCCUCAUAUCUACUAGUAUUCCUAAGAAGACAGCUAACAAUUAUUUGUGUAUAAUAUUUUUCCAAAUAAAUGAUCUUUUCAAAACAUUAA